GCAGAAGGAAUAGAAGGUCCUCAGAAUGGCCUCUCUGUGGUCCUUCGGUGUCCUCCUUGCUGGAUUUGUUCUGCUUCAGAUUGAUGGAAUUUGUGCAGGUGAUGGCGUAUUCCUGGGCAGCCCAUUUGUACAAACAGCUUUACGUGAAGCCAUUGAACAGGUGGACAAAGCAUACAAGGAGACCCGAAUUAUCCAUAAACAGCGGCUAAGCAAAAGAUCCUUGAAGUCUGCUGACCUCCUGCGUUUCUUCAAAAUCCCAGUGGCAGAAACCAGGGUUGUUGUGCGGUCAGCAGAGUACAUGGAAAACACAUUGCGCCUCAUUCAGCAGCAUGUCCAUCGAAUCCACAAACGCUCAAUGAAUACAACAGAUUUAUUAAGGGCAGAUGACCUGGAUGCCAUUGCACGUGUCACAGGCUGUCUAAUCAUACGUCAGCCCCCAAAAUGUGAAACCGGCUGUUUUGAAGACAGAUACAGGACCUUCACCUCUGUGUGCAACAACAGGAAGAAGCCUCGCCUGGGAUCAUCCCAUAUUGCACUCACCCGAUGGCGCCCAGCUCGCUAUGAAGAUGGGUGUUCACUUCCACUGGGCUGGACCCCAAACAGACGAAUAUUAAGAUCUGUUCUGCCACUGCCUCGCCUAGUGUCAAAUGUAAUCCUGAGAACACCCAAUGAUGCCGUGGUCAUGGAUCUAGACAACUCUCACAUGCUAAUGCAGUGGGGUCAGUGGCUUGAUCAUGAUUUGAGCUUAAGCCCUCAUUCUCCCAGCAUCCGGACCUUCAGUGACGGCAUUGACUGUGAAAGAACCUGUAUUCAAAGAAAUCCCUGCUUCCCAAUACGGAUCCCUGAAAAUGAUACCAGGAUCACAGAUACUGACACAUGCUUGCCAUUUUUCCGGUCAGCUCCUGCGUGUGGCACUGGUAAGCUGGGUGCAUUAUUUGGAGAUGUCAACACUCGUCAGCAGAUCAACGUACUUACAUCUUUCAUUGAUGUGAGUGAAGUCUAUGGCAGCACAGACUGUGUGGCCUACAAACUCAGAAACCUCACUAAUGAACUUGGCCUAUUAGCUGUCAAUGAGGAAUUCUCUGACAAUGGACGAGAAUAUUUACCAUUUAACACCAUUUCAAGCAAUCUUUGUGGAAAUAUGGCGGAAAGUUGUUUCACAAGUGAAAAUUCAACUCCAUGUUUUCUAGCUGGGGAUGUACGUGUCAAUGAGCAACUGGGGUUGACAGCUAUGCACACAUUAUUUCUCCGGGAACACAAUCGUUUAGCGAGAGAGUUGAAGAAGCUGAAUCCUCACUGGAGCGGAGAUACAACCUACCAGGAAGCGAGAAAAAUCCUGGGAGCUUUUCAGCAGAUAAUAACCUACAAAGAAUAUCUUCCCCUGGUAAUUGGAGAUAAUGCAACAAAAGUAUUUCUCCCACCUUAUGAAGGCUAUAAUGAGUCUGUCGAUCCCGGUAUUGCCAAUGUUUUCUCAACAGCAUGUUUACGUCUUGGUCAUCUCAUGAUUAAACCACUGGUGUUCCGCCUUGAUGAAAACUACCAGGAACACCCUAAAUUCGGAAACGUUUUACUGCACGAGGCUUUCUUCACUCCUGGGAGACUGAUCAAGGAAGGUGGACUUGAUCCCCUCAUGCGAGGAUUGGUGGGUAGUCCAGCUAAAUUGCAGGUACAAGGUCGGAUGAUGCACGACGAAUUGCGGGAGAGACUGUUUGAACUAACCACCGAGUUAGGCAUGGACCUGGGUUCCUUGAAUUUACAGCGUUCCCGAGAUCACGGGCUCCCAGGUUACAAUGAGUGGCGGAGAUUCUGUGGCCUUCCAACACCUAGGGGUAGGGGUGGUCUCAGGCGAAUUCUCCAGAAUUGGACGUUAGCAGAUGAGCUCAUCAGGUUGUAUAGAACGCCAGAAAAUAUCGACGUGUGGGUGGGGGCAAUCUCCGAACCCUUCGUAAAAGGUGGCAGAGUGGGCCCUUUGUUGGCUUGUUUAGUGGGACUACAAUUCAAGAACCUGAGAAAUGGCGACAGAUUCUGGUGGGAAAAUGAUGAAACGUUUCCUGCCCACCAGCGUCAGGCUCUUAAAGCCGCCUCUUUGUCCAGAAUAAUCUGUGAUAACACAGACAUUCAGUUCCUUCCUCAGAAAGCCUUUAAAUUCCAUUCAUUUCCAAUAGGAUUUGUAAACUGCAGCAACAUCCCUCAGGUCGACCUGAGUGCGUGGAGGGAGCAUGUGCAAGUGACCCCCUGUGGCCCAGUUCCUGUUGUUUAUCAUGGCUUUUUCUCAAUGUGUGAGUCUUCAGUCAAGUAUAGUUGUGAGUCUGGAUUUAAGCUGGUGGGAGGAGACACGAUAACCUGUUUGAGUAAUGGAAAGUGGAACCAAAAACCACCUGGCUGUAUAGUUUUCCAUGAAAGUUAUAAAGCUCCACACCACAGUGGAUCAAUGGAACAUGAAGUUAAAACUGAAAAUCCCGCCUUUUCUGUCGAACCACAAACAGCCAAUCUGACAAAGAGCACAUCAAUUCCAUGAGUGAGGGAGAUCUUCAAUAAUCAAGGAGUUUUCAACUGUAAAACUGGAAUCUUCACUUGUCAGAUACCUGGUGCUUAUCUAUUUUUAUUUCACUGUGAAAUGAGUCGAAAUGCAGUAAUUGCUCUUCAAAAAACUAAUGUAACAGAAUAUAGAACAGAUCUGUUGGAACAAAGAACUAGGAUAAGUAUUGUAUCAGGAAGCACCAUUAUUUCGCUAAGUAUUGGUGAUCGAGUUUGGUUAGUGACUGAGAAUGGUAUAAUGUCACCUUUCAGUUAUUUUUCAGGCUGUAUGUUGCAUUAGUGUGUUUCCUUUGCUUCUAGACAUAUAUAACAAUCUUUACGUGUACAUUGGUAGAAGGAUCUGCUCCAGGAUUUCCACAGUCACCAGAAUUAGGCAAUCAGAAGCCUAAUUUACAACAGACAAGCUGCUCUCCAUUCUCCUCCUGAUUGAUGUAUAGAACAAAGCUAUCCUUGUUGCAGAUGUCUGAUCUCAGGAUCUAGUUCAGUCUCUAACUCCCCUGCCCAAGAUUAUACCAAGAUAAUGCUGGGAUUAUUCAACCAAAGAGCUGAUAUGUUAACAGUGCAAUUGAAGAUUACAUUUUCACAAGCAUCAUUUCUCACUGAAAUACACUCACAGAUAUGAAACACACAGCAAACAUUAAUUGUUUAAUUCAUUCUCUCAGCACUAUGCAUUCUGUUUUAUAUUAUCUGCAGCCCAUCAUUUGUUCUGUUGAGGGAAUCGUAAAAGAAUAAUCCACAAUAAAAUGCUAAGCAAGACAUUUAUCAGCUUUCUUGAACUCAAAUAAACAGGUUGAGUGAAAAUGCUCUCAGUCAAUUCUAACAGGUCUCAUUAAUACAAUAAUGUCACAUUUGAUGCUCAUUUCUUUCACACUUUUAAUUGGCAAUUUGAAGGACAUCCUUUUAAUACAGUAACUAUCACACCAUUUUCAAUCACCUUAAUACUUCAGAAUCCCUGUGGAAACCAAUUGUCUUAACAUUAACUCACUCCUAAUUCUUCCUAGCAAAAUAUUCAAUGUUCCCGAUUUAUUCCUUUACACUGCAUGGGGAAUGGCUCCAAAAGAUUCACAUUGUCAGUGAAGAAAUUAUUUCAAAUAAUUUGUAAAACCUUCUCAACAUUAAAAUGUCCUAUCUUUAAAAUUGGUAAUAUUACCAAGACUUUCCUACAACUGUGCUCUCUCUCGGCCGCAGAAUUCAAUCUGUCUCUAUCCCUCACAGCUGUAUUCCAGUAUGCUGCAGCAUACGUCAUAGAUGUGCCAAGGUGUGUACAUAUAGGCCUGAUUCUUAUUGUCAUUGUAUCAACAUUGGGAUUACUAACAUCACACCUCUUUGCACUUGCUCCAGAGUGUUAGUAAUUAUCGUACACAGACCUGAACUGAAUACAAUCCCCAAUUUAUCAGUGCAUUGUUAAGUCACAGUGUAAUCUCUUAAUUUUCUGUUUCUCUAGUUAUAUAUUUUAGCAUUGUAUUAACCUUUGAGAUUAUCUCAGUACAUUGAGCAGACAUUGGAAGUGACUGGUUCACUAUGCCAGAAUCUCCUUUUUAAAAGCCUGUUCUGCAGCUGAAUCUAAGUCCCUACAAACUUUUCAUUAUGCAAAUAUUGUCACCAUGAAAACUUGUAUUGCUUCCUGAGUGCUCAAUAGUACUCUUUCAAGUUUUUGGCGUAUUCUCUGUCUUAGUUACUCCAUCUGUUUCUGUAACAAAGGAAUGAACCAUCUAAAAUUUCCUGUUAAAUUUGUGCCUGAUAGUUUUCACCUGGACCAAACUCUAGGCCCUGCAAAACGGUAUAAACAUCUGGUUACAAUAUGAUGGUUGACUUUCUGGUCUCGAGAAUGCAAUUCUAUGGAGAUGUUAAUAGGACAAUAAAUUUUCAUGUAUGACUUUAUAGCCAUCCUGUAUAAGAGCUGUUAUAUAUCCUGGGCUGUAAAUACUGACCACAAUGCACUGACAUGACCGGUUUCUAGAACAGAAUGUUUUUCGUGAAUCUGUUAUAGUUAAUGAUAAUCAUGAUAUUGGGUCAGGAUAUCUAGUUAUGAUCAUUUACAGACUCUUCUGUGAGAUUGAAUAUCUAAUAUUAAUAAUAAGGACAAAAAUAGUUAGUCAUUGUAUCUGCUCUAAUCUGACUUCUAUAUUCAUGGUGAAAUUGUACUUCAAUCACUCAUUGUUAGUGAUUGAAUACUGUGGGAGAAACUGAAUCUGGUGAAUUUUAUAUCGCCAGCUGCUGUUUAACAUUAAAGAGAUAAAGGCAUUCAUUUGAAUUCUUUAGCUUCAUAGUGUUACUAACCUGUUCCUAUUUAUGAUUAUUCUGUCUGUUCUCCUUUGACAUGUUAUCAAACCAGAUUCAUAGUACUGCUUUGUCAAACGUUGGUUGAUGCCCUGUGAUAGCUCUUGGCUAACAAGAAUUCUCCUUCAUGCCCAUUAACAAUCUGAAGAUGGUAUUUAUUGGAAGAGAGAAGUUAAGGUUUAAAGUGAGAUAAAUAUGCUAUCAUCAAACCUUGUGGCACAGUGUUAGGGUCUCUAAUUCCCAACAAGAAGAAAGAAAAAACAAGGAACUGUGGAUGCUGAAAAUCUUAAUCAAACACUUGCAGAUUGUUGUUGAAACUGAGAGAAAAUAGAGUUAACAUGUUGAGUUCAGUGACCCUUCUUCAGAACUUCAGAGGCGUGUAAUCUCAUCACUGAACAGGUUGAAAAGACUAUUUGCCCUGUCAUUAGGUUAACAAUGAUGUACAAUACAAGCUGCAGCUUCAGCCCACUCAUUACCCAAGUCCCCACUGACCAUUCCUCUGACAGUAAGAUCCAUUUAUCGUAGGUAGACUGUGAAUAGUUUCUUCGAGACAGAUCCUCAUGAACACUGAAGAUUGAUCAUUUUUCUUCAUAAGCACCUGAUUUAUAUUCUUCAGCUUUCAAACAUAUAUCACUUGUUCUAAAAAAAAUUGAAGUCAAUUAUGACAAUCACUUUGAUUUAUGUAGACCUAUAUUAGUAUGGUUGAUGUUGAAAAUGUUUCAUUUAUUUUCUGAGAAAUUGUAGUGAAUCCAUUUUGAAAUAAUUAGUCAACAAUUUGUAAGA